AUGGUGAGACCUGCUUGUUGUGACAAGCUGCAUGUGAAAAGGGGCACUCUUUGUACUGCGGAGGAAGAUGCAAAGAUACUUGCGCAUGUGUCGAAGCAUGGCCCCAGUAACUGGACUUCUGUUCCCAAAAAAACAGGAGUUACAAGAUGUGGAAGGAGCUGCAAGCUUAGGUGGACUAAGCACCUCAAGUCUAAUCUGAAGCAUGAAUCCUUCACGCCCCAUGAGGAGGAAUUGAUUGUCAGGCUUCAUGCCACAAUAGGUAGCAGAUGGCCAACAAUAGCUCAACACCUUCCUGGGAGGACAGACAAUGAUGUAAAGAACUACUGGAACACUAAGCUGAAGAAGAAGCUCUCAGAAAUGGGAAUUGAUCAUGUUACUCAUAAGCCGUUCUCUCAAAUCUUAGCGGAUUAUGGAAACAUCGGUGGCCUCCCGAAAGUUGGAAUGAGAAUCGGGAUCGGUUCUCUCAACAAGGACUUGAGGAACGCGAUGCUGAUGAAGCCAGCAGAGCCAUACUCAUUGCCAGCACAAGGGUUUUCCAACAUCAACAGCCAUUUGAUGCCAAUUACAAUGAUACCAACCAAAGCGGAGCCAAUUCUAGACAGUUUCUUGGGCCACACUCAACCGGGCAGCCAACCCCCGGAUCUUCUCACACAGCUGCAGGCCAUAAAAUUGGUGACAGAAGCCUUCAAAUCCACCGAAUCCCAAUCUUCUGCACCAAAUUUUUGCAGUCACGAAGGAACAUUGUCAUCAUCGUCUUCUACUUCAUCUGCAACACAAGAGCAGGCAACCCUGCAGGCGUUUAGCUGGAGCGAUUUUCUCCUUGAAGACGCGUUUAUGCCAAUUGGUGACGCCCAAGAACACGAAAACAAGGCUGAGUAUUCAUCGAAGGACCAAGCACAAGUAGCAAUACAACAAAGCCAAAUCGACGUGGAUUAUGCAAUCUCAACAAACGAAGUUGAAGCUACAUCGGCGGCAUGUGACAGUUCGUUUGUGGAAGCCAUGGUAGCUAGAGAGAAUGAGAUGUUCUUGGAGUUUCCUGAACUCAUGGAAGAACCAUUCUACUACUGAGUUAAAAUUUACUCCAAAGUUAUGGUACUAAUUUUGCAAACAAUAAGAUUCUUUGUAUAAGAUGAAAGUCAUAAGAACUAGCUUAUAUAUAGGGCCUUGUGUUGGAACU